UAAAAUAUUGGGUCAAAUGUGAGAAUACACAAAAACACAGUGAGGCUUAAGCAAAUACCACUAUCCAUACUUUUGUCUAGACGACUAGACCUGGAUCUGGUUGAUCUGACAGAAUUUCUCAGAAAUUCCGCAGACGAUUUUCCGUCAAAAUUCGCCAAACAACAUGGAGUCGUGCCCUUCCAUAAAAAAUAUCCUUCUUUUGGAUUCUGAAGGAAAACGUGUAGCUGUUAAGUACUAUUCAGAUGAUUGGCCAACAAACAAUGCCAAGGAAGCUUAUGAGAAAGUUGUAUUUGCCAAAACUCAGAGGACUAAUGCCCGCACUGAGGCGGAGAUAACAAUGCUUGAGAAUAACAUUAUUGUUUACAAGUUUGUUCAAGAUCUUCACUUUUUUGUUACUGGAGGUGAAGAUGAAAAUGAGCUCAUCUUAGCCACAGUUCUUCAGGGAUUUUUUGAUGCUGUUGGUCUUCUCCUAAGAGGCAACGUGGACAAGAAAGAGGCACUUGAGAAUCUAGAUCUCAUUCUGUUAUGCCUUGAUGAAAUUGUUGAUGGCGGAAUAAUUCUGGAAACUGAUGCAAAUCUCAUAGCGGGGAAGGUAGCAAGUAAUAGCAUGGAUGCUGGAGCUCCAUUAUCCGAGCAGACAUUAACUCAAGCACUGGCCACUGCCCGUGAACAUCUAACAAGAUCCCUUCUUAAAUAAUAAGAGAGAAGCAAAGGGAGUUCUCAUAUUUCCGGUUUUAGAUGUUAGUAUUAUAUUAAUGGAUGAUGCUUGCUACAAGGGCAGCUGAAUGCUUCCAUUUCUUGUUAUUUUGAUUUGUUUUGUUUUACAUUGUACUCUGACCGUUUUGAGGAUUAAAUGAAAGCAUAGCGAUUUGUGGGUCAA